AUGCGUCCAUCCGAGGGUUCAGAACACUUCCAGGCCUCGGACGCUGGUUAUUCUGAUUCCUCGGCAACAACUGCCGCCGACGAAAUGGACAGGGAAAUCGAGAACUUAGCACGCCAAAUCACAAUCGCCUCGAGACCGCAUAGCCUCCAUGUUCAGGAUGAUGUCCUCAACCCAACAAAGAACAGUCCUUUGGACCCAAACUCGCCUAAUUUCAACGCAGCUGUCUGGACGAAAGCUUUUAUCAGCCUAUAUGAAUCUGAUCCUGCGUCCACCCCAGGUCGGCUCACAGGCGUUGCGUUCAAGCAGCUGAGUGUUUUCGGGUACAGCACCGGAACACAGUAUCAGAAAAGCGUUGGAAAUAUGGCUUUGAGUAUUGCAUCAGAUCUCUUUGGCCUUGUAGGAAGUCGGAACAAGGCUAGGAUUGAUAUCCUGCGAGACUUUGAGGGCUUAGUCGAGCCCGGGGAGAUGCUCCUUGUGCUUGGCCCACCAGGGUCAGGUUGCUCAACAUUGCUCAAAACCCUGGCAGGUCAAACAGAAGGCCUCAAUGUAUCGAAAGACUCGUACAUGAACUUCCGAGGCAUUGAUCCGAGACGAAUGCACGACUGGUUCCGUGGCGAUGUUCUAUAUAAUGCAGAAGUUGAUGUGCACUUGGCUCCUCUUACGGUCGGCGAUACUCUGGAGUUUGCAUCAAGAGCCCGUGUGCCCGCAAAGGUGCCGGCUGGACUUACGAGUAAGCAGUAUGCUCGUAUCAUGCGCGAUGUAAUCAUGGCGGCUUUCGGCAUAACACACACGGUCAACACAAAAGUCGGCGAUGAUUACGUUCGUGGUGUGUCAGGAGGCGAGCGCAAGCGGGUGAGCAUUGUUGAAGCCGCCCUCACAGGUGCGAAGUUUCAAUGCUGGGAUAACAGUACGCGAGGUCUCGACAGUGGAAAUGCUAUUGCGUUUUGCCAGAAUAUUCGAACACAAGCAGACUUGCUGAAUGUAGCUGCUGUCGUAGCCAUUUACCAGGCGCCCCAAUCGGCAUAUGAUCUUUUUGAUAAGGUAACGGUGCUAUAUGAGGGUCGUCAAAUCUUCUUCGGUAGAAUCGACCAAGCAAAGGGAUACUUUGAAAGCCUAGGCUUUUUAUGUCCGGAACGUCAGACUACUCCUGACUUUCUCACUUCAAUGACAUCGCCGAACGAACGUCGUGUCAAGCCUGGAUAUGAGAACAUGGCACCUAGGACCCCCGACGAGUUCGCCGCAAGAUGGAAGGCAUCGCAAGAUCGUGCAAUUCUUAUGGCUAGUAUUGAAGUUUACGAACAAGCCCAUCCGGCUGAGCACCGUCUUGAUGAGUUUCAGCAGAGCAUCAAGGCAGAAAGAAGCUCCUUACAACGUCUCAAAUCGCCUUAUAUGAUUAGCUACCCCCGCCAAGUCAAGCUAUGUCUUUGGAGAGGCUGGAAAAGACUGGUUGCCGACCCCGGUUUUACCAUUUCUUCUCUCGUGUUUAAUAUUAUUGUAGGGUUCGUGCUUGGAAGUAUGUUCUUCAAUCUCAAAGCCGAUUCAAGCACGUUCUACUACCGUGGUGGCUUGAUAUUUUUCGCUUUGUUGUUCAACGCUUUUGCUAGCGAAAUGGAGGUCCUUACUCUGUAUGCCCAGAGACCAGUCAUUGAAAAGCAUAAUCGCUAUGCUCUAUACCAUCAAUCCGCCGAGGCAAUAUCAAGUUACGUCACGGAGCUUCCUUACAAGAUUAUCAAUGUUUUCACCUUCAACUCAAUUCUAUACUUCAUGGCCAACUUGAAGCGCGAACCUGGGCCAUUCUUUUUCUUCUGCCUCGUGUCAUUUACAGUUUUGCUCGCCAUGUCCGGUAUCUAUCGAACGAUGGCGUCUCUAGCAAGAACAUCACAUCAAGCAAUGGUUCCUGUUACUAUCGUAACUAUAGGAGUCAUGAUGUACGCAGGCUUUACGGUACCUACCUCCUACAUGCAAGGGUGGUCAAGGUGGAUGGGCUAUAUUAACCCCCUAUCUUACGCAUUCGAAUCAUUAAUGGCGAACGAAUUCCACGGACGAAUGUUCUCAUGCGCUGGUCUUGUUCCAUCUGGUCCUGGAUAUGACGAGCUGCCUCUGAGCGGACGCACAUGCGCCGUUGUCGGAGCAGUGCCAGGCUCGAAUAUGGUGGAUGGUGAUCGUUACAUCGAAGAGUCAUUCGGAUAUUUUAAUGCUAAUAAGUGGAGAAAUGUCGGUAUCCUCUGCGGUUAUAUCGUCUUUUUCUUCAUCGCGUACAUCAUUACUGCGGAAUAUGCCAAGCCGCCUAAAAGUGAAGGCGAAGUCCUCAUCUUCCGACGUGGGAAGAUGCCGGCUGGGCUUGAUGAGAAACUCCGAGCGGAUGAGGAGCAACAAAAUAGGGAAACUGUCCUUACCGAAAAGAUUCAAUCAUCAGGAGCAGAAAAGCAUACCGACUUGAAAAGACCGAGACCAAGCGCGUGCGAGAAGCCUAUAUUUCACUGGGAGGACAUAUGUUAUGAUGUGAAGAUAAAAGACCAAGAUAGACGCAUCCUGGAUAACGUCGACGGAUGGGUUCAGCCCGGUGUCAUUACGGCUCUCAUGGGUGCAUCUGGUGCCGGCAAGACGACACUUCUCGAUGCCCUUGCAACACGCGUCACCAUGGGCGUUCUAUCUGGUAGCACUAUGGUGAAUGGCCAGCCUACAGAUAAAUCUUUUCCACAUCGUGUUGGUUACGUGCAGCAACAGGACGUUCAUAUGGAUACAAUGACCGUCCGAGAGGCUCUUGAGUUUAGUGCUCUGCUAAGGCAGAGUGCUGAGAUCCCUCGAGCAGAGAAGCUAGCCUAUAUCGACGAAGUCAUCAAUCUCCUCGAUAUGGGCGACUUUGUGGAUGCCGUUAUUGGUUUUCCUGGCCAGGGCCUCAAUGUUGAGCAACGUAAGCGACUUACCAUUGGCGUCGAACUCGCCGCUCGGCCGCAACUUCUUGUAUUCCUGGAUGAGCCUACAUCUGGGCUUGAUUCCCAAACCUCAUGGGCCAUUUGCGACCUUAUUGAGAAGCUUGCGAAGAGUGGUCAGGCAAUUCUGUGCACCAUCCAUCAGCCUUCGGCCAUGUUAUUCUCGCGUUUUGAUAGGCUACUUCUGCUCCAGCGUGGCGGGAAAACGGUGUAUUUCGGAGAUAUUGGCACGAAUGCCAGAACUAUGAUCGACUAUCUCGAACGCAAUGGCGCACCUCCUUGUCCUGUUGACGCAAACCCCGCCGAGUGGAUGCUUAAGGUUACAACCCUCUCGGAAGACGGUCCAAACUGGUUCGAUAUUUGGAGGUCAUCCUCAGAAUAUCAAGAGUUCAAGAAUGAGCUUGGGCUCCUCCGUCAAUUAGCGGGAAACCAAAGCCUACAAAGCGCUCCAGCUGCUCAGCAUGAAUUCGUAACUUCGUUCUGGACCCAAUUCGGUGAAGUGUUCUCGCGCACUGCGAAGCAUUUCUGGCGCUCCCCUGUAUACAUAUGGUCAAAGCUGACUUUAACCAUAUUGCUCGCGCUUUACAUCGGGUUUACGUUCAAAUCAGAGAACAGCCUCCAGGGAAUGCAAAAUCAGCUCUACGCUUUCUUUAUGUGUUUGACGACGGUCAAUGAAUUCAGUAAACAGAUCAUGCCUAUGUUUAUUCCGCAGCGGGCUUUGUAUGAAGUGCGAGAGAGACCAUCCAGAGUCUAUCGGUGGACAACCUACAUCCUUUCCAACAUCGCCAUUGAAAUGAUCUGGAAUACCAUCGCGGCCGUCAUUUUCUUUUUUUGCUGGUACUAUCCUGCAAGAUUCUUCCAUAACACCACUCCUGACGAUGUCAGCAUCCGUGGGUUUACCGUGUUUCUUUUCAUGUGGACGUUUUUCCUCUGGAUGAGCACCUUCUCACAACUCGCCAUCGUUGCAAUCGAAACGGCCGACUUGGCCAGCAUACCCGCCAGUCUCUUCGCUAUCCUCUGCAUGUCCUUCUGCGGCAUCGGUGUCAUCCGUGCUGAUUUGCCUGCUAUUUGGAGCGACUUCAUGUAUUAUGUCAGCCCGAUGACAUAUUUGGUGAGCGGUGCCUUAUCGGCUUGCUUACAUGGCUCCAAGGUUGUGUGCGCGGCGAAAGAGAUCGUACAGAUCCCACUUCCGUCAAACAUGACUUGCAGCGAGUUCCUUGGGCCGUUCGUGCAAGGGGCUGGUGGAUAUCUUGUCGAUACUACAACGGCAGGUCUUUGUGGGUAUUGUCGCCUUGCUACUACUGACGACUUUCUUGCGCAUUUUGAGAUCAAAUAUGAUGAUCGGUGGCGGAAUUUUGGACUUCUUUGGGUCUACAUUGGGUUCAAUGUUUUGGCCGCCUGCGGUCUAUAUUGGCUUGCAAGAGUUCCCAAAAGCCAAGGCGUAAUGAGGAAGUAG